UGUGAUGUUUGCAUCAAGGAGGUUGAGGCCGGACAUCGUCCAGGCACUCACUUUGACAAAGAAGGAUAUGCAAAUAUUAGAGCUAACUUCAAGGCAGAGACAGGGCAUGAUUAUGAAAAAAAACAACUGAAAAAUAAGUGGGAUGCACUUAAAAAUGAGUGGAAGUUGUGGAAAGAGCUAGUUGGUAAAGAAACUGGCCUAGGGUGGAAUUCAAGCAAGGGUACCGUUGAUGCCUCUGAGGAGUGGUGGAACAAUAAAAUUCAGAUAAACAAAGAAUAUGGAAAAUUGCGAAAAAAAGGCAUUAGUCCUGAGAUGGAGGACAAGUUAGAUAGGAUGUUCUUGAGUACAAUUGCUACCGGUGAACAUGCCUGGGCACCUUCAUCUGGAGUACUACCACCAGAGUCAAGAGAGGAAUCUGUAGGACAAAUUGAUUCAUAUGAUGAGGAAGAAAUUGAGACUAUGCAGGAUCUAAGGCAAGCAAGUAGGAAGGGAAAAAAAAGAGCGGCUAACCAAGGAGAAUUGCAAAAGAAGAAGGUUGAUAAGAAAGGGAAAAAAAUUGGAGGUGCUGCAAAACUUUGUGGUCAAAUUGACCGUCUUGUUGAAGCUUGUGAAACUAGGAGUUCUGCAAACUCAUUGAUGAGGUCACUGCAUAUAGGUAGUAGUAUUCUGGAAGUGUUAGCGGUUGUUGCACAAUUGCCUGGUUGUGAGCCACCUAGCGAGUUAUGGUUGUUUGCUACAUGUUUAUUUUGUUCUGCAGAGAAGCGAGAGGUGUUUACCACGAUACAAGAUCCUGAAGUCCAGCAGACUUGGUUGAAAUAUAUGUUCAACAAAGAACAAUAA